CUCAGGUUCAGCCUCGCGCAGCUGAAGGCUGAAGACUCAGCGCGUGCAGCAGGAGGAAGCGCGGAGAGGAGUCCGGCCUUCAGGGAGUCAGUUGUGAAUAUUGAGCCGCGAUGGGUCGGAAAGAAAUCAACUGCAGCUGGAAAAAAGUCACCAGCAACAUCAAGGACGUGUUUGACUUUAAGGAAGUGCUCGGAUCGGGCUCGUUCUCGGAGGUGUUCCUGGUGAGGGAGAGGAAGACGGGGAAUUUCUACGCCCUGAAAUGUGUGAAGAAGAAGCAGCUGGAUCACAGCAACCUGGAGAACGAGAUCACCGUCCUCAGGAGGAUUAAGCAUAAGAAUGUGGUGGGUCUGGAGGAUUUCUAUGAAACUCGCACACACUACUACCUCGUCAUGGAGCUGGUCUCUGGAGGAGAGCUGUUUGACCGUAUCCUGGACAGAGGUGUGUAUACGGAGAAGGACGCCAGCCAUGUGAUCUGGCAGGUGCUGGAGGCCGUGGCUUACCUGCACCAGAACAGCAUCGUCCACAGAGACCUGAAGCCGGAGAACCUGCUGUACUAUAACCAGGAUGAGAACGCGAAGAUCAUGAUCAGUGAUUUCGGACUGUCCAAGAUGGCUGACCAUGGCGUGAUGCACACAGCGUGUGGAACUCCAGGAUACGUCGCUCCGGAGAUUCUGGCCCAGAAGCCGUACAGUAAAGCAGUGGACUGCUGGUCUAUUGGAGUCAUAACUUACAUCCUGCUGAGCGGAUAUCCCCCCUUUUACGAUGACAACGAGACCCGUCUCUUCUCCAAGAUCAUGCGGGCGGAGUACGCCUUCCACUCCCCGUACUGGGACAGCAUCUCUGAGUCAGCUAAAGACUUCAUCAGGAACAUGAUGGAGAAAAACCCCAAGAAGCGCUUCACCAGUGAGCAGGCGCUGCGGCACCCAUGGAUCAAGGGUGAGACGGCGCGGACUCAGGAUAUCUACGAAUCCGUCUGUGAACAGUUCCAGAAGAACUUCGCCAAAUCUAAGUGGAAGCGAGCCUACAACGCCACAGUGGCAAUCAGCCACAUGAAGAAGCUGCAGUCGGCUCACAGCGAGCCGCCGGUUCCUCAGCCGCUCCCCCUCAUCCAGGUGGUGGACGUGUCUGACAGACUCCACCCAGACUGCUUGCUGGACACCAAUGGCAACCCUUCCUCAGGUCACAUGACGCUGGCACCGCACAGUGAUGUCAGCCGGGCUCUCUGCCCCCUGAAGGCAUGCAAGAGCGAACCCCUCCACGCGCUUGUCGUCACGGAGACAGGAAAACACGCCUACCAUUCAGAGUCCGAGCUGUCCGGCACGACCAGCAGCGGUCAGGGAAUGACCUGUGGGGUAAAUCGAUCUGGUCAGCCGCUGCAGACCGGAGUCUGCUCCAUGAUGUAAACAGCACGCUGCUGACUGACAGCUGUCAAUCAUUACAGCGUUUGAGGCGGCGAGUGCGUGUCUCUGUUUUUUGGCCGGACUGAGCCGGUUCUCACAGCGUUUCUCUGGAGGAUCCAGAACCACUCCGGACCCGACUGAGCCCAGAGACGCCGCCGUGCCAACAGACUCGUUCUUCGUCUUUAUAGGAACAUGAGCGGAGAUUCUCUCCUUGUCUUUGAGAACAGCUGUAUAUCCAUCUUAUUUCUCUAUUAUUUAUGAGUUAUUACACUUGAGAGUAUAAUUAAUGAGUAAUAACAUCGUUAAGGGGCGCUGAGUGACUCCACUCGGGUCUGUAGAGGUCCAGGUUGGUGCUGAUGAGCCGCUCGGCCGGGCGUUUCUGUAGUGAAGGACAGCAGCGUCUCUCCGGUUCCAGGUUUGAUUAAACAGAACAUAUUUAUGCCUGAAUUAAUUUACCACAUCACCUGCAGCUGCCAGAGGUGUUUAUUUUCAUACAGAUAGCUGGAAUAAAUAUUCAUAUAUUUUUAUUUCACUGUCGUUCGUUACUGCCGUAUGUAUUUAUUCAUGAACUGCCUGUUUUAUUCACUGAGGAACGGAUUCAUUACAGCGCUCUGAUUCACAGGUGUGAUAUAGAGGGUCACCGUACGAACGGCCAGCGAAUAAUAAUAACUGAAACAUUGUGAUGAUGCAAAUCAGCCUCUCUAUGCCACAUCCAUAAAAACCCAUCAGAGAAAACCGAAAUCAGAGAAAUGGACGCUGAGCAGCUGCUCUGCUGCUGAUUUCUGGACUGUAUUCAACAUAACAGACCAGCUGCAGCAGCUUCUGUCUGUUUACCCUCAACGUCACUGUUACGGGCUUCAUCUCCGAUAAGAUAAAGAUACAGUCUUGUGCAAAAGUAUGUGCUCCCCUGGUCAAACUCCAUGUUGUUA